UCUCGCGAGAGUAGGAGUUUUGGCGAGAGUUUGUGGAAGAUGGCGCCUGUUGUGACAGGGAAAUUUGGUGAGCGACCUCAACCUAAACGGCUCACCAGGGAAGCUAUGAGAAAUUAUUUAAAGGAGCGAGGUGAUCAAACAGUCCUAAUUCUUCAUGCAAAAGUUGCACAGAAAUCUUACGGAAACGAAAAGAGGUUUUUUUGCCCCCCUCCGUGUGUCUAUCUUAUGGGUAGUGGAUGGAAGAAAAAAAAAGAACAGAUGGAGCGGGAUGGCUGCUCUGAACAAGAGUCCCAACCAUGUGCCUUUAUUGGGAUUGGGAACAGUGACCAAGAAAUGCAGCAGUUGAACCUGGAAGGAAAGAACUAUUGCACAGCAAAAACCUUGUACAUAUCUGACUCUGACAAGAGAAAGCACUUCAUGUUAUCAGUAAAAAUGUUCUAUGGCAAUAGUGACGAUAUCGGCGUGUUCCUCAGUAAACGGAUCAAAGUAAUCUCCAAGCCUUCUAAGAAGAAACAGUCACUGAAAAAUGCAGACUUGUGCAUUGCAUCAGGGACUAAAGUGGCACUAUUUAAUAGACUCCGGUCGCAAACUGUUAGCACCAGAUACUUGCACGUAGAAGGAGGAAACUUCCACGCCAGCUCACAGCAGUGGGGGGCCUUUUAUAUUCAUCUCCUGGAUGAUGAUGAAUCAGAAGGAGAAGAAUUCACUGUUCGAGAUGGCUACAUUCAUUACGGACAGACGGUCAAGCUUGUUUGCUCAGUUACUGGCAUGGCACUCCCAAGACUGAUAAUUCGGAAAGUGGACAAACAGACCGCAUUACUAGAUGCGGAUGAUCCAGUGUCACAGCUCCAUAAGUGUGCAUUCUACCUUAAAGAUACAGAAAGAAUGUACCUGUGCCUUUCUCAAGAGCGAAUUAUCCAGUUUCAAGCCACUCCGUGCCCCAAAGAACCAAAUAAAGAGAUGAUUAAUGAUGGAGCUUCGUGGACGAUCAUUAGCACAGAUAAAGCAGAGUAUACCUUUUAUGAGGGGAUGGGACCUGUCCACGCUCCAGUAACACCUGUGCCUGUUGUGGAAAGUCUUCAAUUGAAUGGCGGUGGGGACGUAGCAAUGCUGGAACUAACAGGGCAGAACUUCACUCCAAAUUUACGCGUCUGGUUUGGAGAUGUCGAAGCAGAAACAAUGUACAGGUGCGCCGAAAGCAUGCUGUGUGUUGUUCCUGACAUUUCUGCAUUCCGAGAAGGCUGGCGGUGGGUUCGUCAACCUGUCCAGGUGCCAGUAACGUUGGUCCGCAAUGAUGGCAUAAUCUACUCUACCAGCCUUACGUUUACUUACACGCCAGAGCCAGGGCCCCGACCCCACUGCAGUGCUGCUGGAGCAAUCCUCAGGGCCAACUCGAGCCUCCUGGCAUCUAGCGAAACAAAUGCAAACAGUGAGGGAAGUUACACAAAUGUCAGCACAAACCCAACCAAUGUCACGUCAUCAGCGGCAACGGUAGUUUCCUAACCACUGCUCUUGCUGUGGACCUUUUUUUCUAAAAAAACAAAACAAACCCUUGACUUUUAAGUGCUUCAAACAAUAAAACUGAACAAUUUUUGUGGUUUCAUGGGGAAAAAACAAUUCUUCACUACUAUUUGAACUUUUAUCACCUGCAAGUGCUGAUCUCAGUGGAAGCCACACAUUUUAAAAAAAGAAAAGAAAGAAAUGUGUGUGAGGAAUUACUCUGUAUUCAAAUUCUAUUUUUAGCUGUCUUUAUAAAAAUGGGCACGGAUUUAAAAAUAAUAAAAGUGGCUGGGGAAAAAAGUUGAUCUAGAAAACAUGGACAUAACAUAGUUUUUAUGGACCAAGGAACGCUUUAGUAUAAAAGGUACAUUUUCACCAUACCUUUUUGUAUCACAACAUAUAGUACGCUUUUGUUACCAAAUAGUUUAUAUAUUGGUUUUUUUUCCUCUGAGCAUUUGCUCUGAAGUAUAUUCAGGUUCCAAGCCUGACCAUGCUUGUAUAAUCUAAUUACCAUACUCUUCCAGUUUUUUAAAAUAUAUAUAUAUAUAUAUAUUUUUGGUCUAUGGCUGGAACUGUUCCUUUUUUUUAAACUGAAGUCUUGUGACUUUUUACGAACUGAAAUUUUUGUUUUUAUUUUUCAGCAAGUAGAACCUUGUAAAGGCCAGCAUAUUUUUUUUAAGAUUAUAUGAAGUUUGUGCAAAAGCUUUAAAACAGACGCCUCUGCCUUGCCUGCAACACAUGCCAUGUGUGUUACCUUUAGAGUUCGGGGGGGGGGGAGGGAGGGGGUGUUUCAUUUUGGCCAUGGUUGAUAGAUCUUUUUGUGUUCCUUUUUAUGUAUUUAUAGUGUUGAUUCCUGAGGUUUUUAACAUUGCAAACAGGGCCUCUUGCGCAGUUAUCCUAACUGUUCACAUUACCGGCAUAUGUUCGUGUUAUAAAGGGUUCGUCUCUUCCUUUCAGUCAAUAUAUAUGUGUCAGAAAAUAUGUUCAGGAUUGCUCUAGGUUUUUUGUUGGCUAAUCUUGAACAUAAUUUGGUAUUAUGCGUAAGUUAAGUAUGCGUGUGUGUAUGUUUUAAGUGGACUGUUCCCAAUAACUUCAUUUGGCAGCAUGUUUUUGGUAUCAUCGACAUACAGCAGCAUUUUUCCUCAAGCAUUGGCCACAAAUGGACCUCUCCAUCAUGGAUCGGGCUUUCCGUGUCUUUCCUUGGGUGUUAAGCCGACGCUUGAUUUAGUUUUGUAUGAUUUUUCUGUGCCUGUGUUAGAAGUGGCUGUACAGUGAAAUAAUAGUACUUAGAAAAGGAUUAGUGCAAAAGCACUGAUUGGACUUGCUCCUUCUUUCUCUUCCCUGCCGGCAACCAGGUGCAGUGUUCCUGUCCUCUCCCAGUUGUGUUAUAACUGAGGGUCACUUAAUACCACUACUGUUUUCUCCUCUCCAAAGUAAUUUCCAGAAGCUCCUCACUGAGAGCUCUCUGGGUCACUUGUAAAUGAAUCUUUAAUGCACAUUGGCCAAGAUCUAAAGCAGAAGUCCCCAACCUUUUUGAGCCUGUGGGCAGCUUUGAAAUUCUGCCACAGGAAGUGGGGACAACCAUAAAAUGUCAGGGAGCCAGAUUAUGCAUGAUUGUCAUUGUAAAUACUACAAUGUUUUAGGCUGAGCAUCUGUUUAAUAGGAUGCCUUUUGAUCUGCCCAACCAAUCAGAUCUCCAAUGGCCAAUCAGAAGCCCUGCUGGGCAAAAUUCCCACCUACUUUCUUAAAAAUGCUUGGCAGGCAUCAGGAAAGGUGUCGGUAUGCAGCACAGGGCCCAUGGGCUGCACAUUGGGGAACCCUGAUCCAAAGAGUGCUUCUCCUGUGAUUGUGGAAGUGGCUGAUUCCCCUUCCCCCUUUGCAAUUGCCAUCUUUUAUGCCAUGCCAAAUGCCACUAUGGAGGAUCCCAGACUUCAGGAGCUCCUUUCUAGAGAAAGCAAAUUGCUGUAGAAAGAGGGCCUUGAAAACCCAGAGCACGUGUGAAAUCCAUGCACGACAUUGUGGAUUCUUCAGCCGUUGGGUUCACUACCAUUAUAUACCCUGGAAGCUCAAAAGUUAAGGUUUAUUGGAUGAUCAGAAGGCACAGAAACUAAAUUUGUAUUGGACCCAGUCUUGAAACUGUCCUUCUGCCUAGAUCUUGCCAUGAGUUGAUUUCCAAGCCCCUUUUGUAGAGGAGAAAAAGUAAUUUUGUUAAUUUGACCAUUGAAAUGCAUUAGAAGGAUAUUAGAUAUACUUUUAUUUGGAACUUGCUAGACAUGCCUCCCCCCCAACCUACCAGUUGUUUUAAACAAUUUCAACAUUCUCUUCAUUGGUGAGCAUAGUAAAAAUUACUGACGCAGACUCAAUGGGGCUACCUUCCCUGGUGUGCAGUCCUCCUCCCCACAAAAGACGAACAUUUAGGAUCCACGUGAGUAGAGAUGGGCAUGAACCGAAAUACAAGCCAAAGUUUGGCAUGAAAUGGGCCGGUUCGUGGUUCGCGAACCGGUGGUUCAUCAGAGUCCAUUGCUGACGAACCACCACGAACUUUAGGCUGGUUCAUUUGGUUCAUUUUUUUGGUUCAUCGCUGCAGACAGCCGGGCACGGAUCAAUCAGUUUCCUAGGCAAGAGGGGAUGGACUUCCUGCAGACCUUCUGCUGACCCAGAAGUGACAAUUUGCUGACCCAGAUGUGACGUUUUCACAAACCAAAUGAACUGGUUCGCAAACCGGGGCAGGUUCGUGAAAUGCAACAAACCACGAACCGCACAGUGUUUUUUUUUUUUCAGUUCAUGCCCAUCUCUACACGUGAGUCCUGACUGCUCUGUAAACAAGAGACGCCAAUGCUGGAGCAAAUGGCUUCUUGCAGGGAAGCAUUUGACUUCACAGCUACACAACAUGAACAGGGUCUGUUGGGCUCAACGCUGUCUUCCGUUUUUAAAAGCUGCACUGUUGUUGAAUAUUGCUUCUCUGUAUGGGAUGUUUUUCUUAACUUGGAGCGCUGUUCUAGUUGUAGAGUUUCUGUGCAGCAUGAAGAUUGAAGGCAGGGUACUUAAAGGGAGAUGGCAGAAUGUUAAAUCAAUACUAGUGUCUUAAAAUGUGUUCCAUUCUAGGUCUUCCCUUAUGCUGUUUUUUUUUUUUCAUUUCAUGUCACCCCUACAAGGUCUUUGCGCCCAACUAGCUCUUAAUAUGAGGCACUUUUCGCCUCACUUCACAUCAUCCAUUUGUGCCUGGCUCUUUCUCUCUUUUGUGUGUGUGAGAGAGAGGGACGGAGACAGACACCAAGGGCAGGAUUCAUUGUGGCCUUACCUCUGGUUUAAGCUGCUCACUGGCAUUGGCUUGUAAGCCCGUAUACUUGUGCGUCUUUAACUUUCUCCUUGUUUGUACAGUAGCGGGUACUGCUUCACAGUGUCUGUUUGACGAUUUGUUGUUAGUAUGAUGCAGUUGUGUUUAACUUAGAAGCUUUUGGGCUGACCAGCUUUGAGAUGAAAGAGCAAUUUUUGUUUUGGGAUUUCGGUAAUAGCAAAAGAACAGUCAUUGCAUGUACCAUUAAAAAAACCUGUAAUGUAGUUUUCAUAUUUCACAGAGUAUUAUAGCAAAUUUCUCAGACCCUUCCAGACUUAAUUUAUAACACACAACCUUAUUUCAACACUUUGCUUAUAGUUGCAAUUUGCUUCUGCUUAAUCUAACGUUAGCGCCUGUGUUUUUCAAAACCGUCUAGCAGAUGAUGGGUUGGAUUUAAUGCAAAGACCAUGUGAUACCUCACAAGGAUUGCAUAUCUGCCCAUCUUGCCCUCCCCACCCCAGAAGCCAUUUCUGACUCUGAAAAGUUCAUUCUUGGGGUUGCAAGGCCUGUGUGGUGGAGUAAUAGCCCCCUUGGUUGGAAUGCAACGGUGGGGGAGGGAGAGGAGGUGAAAUUGCUCCCUGCUGAAAGUAAUCCAUUUCUCAUCUCUACUGCAGCCUUCCAGGCGCACAUGGUUAUUACUCCAUGCAGGUUGCACAAUCCCAGGAACAAACUUCCCUGGGGCUCUGCAAUAACUGCUGGGGUAAAUAGACAACUGAGAAGAUCCAUGACCAUCAGCACCUUCCGCUGCCAGAUUGUGAGAUCCGACCCUGUUUAUUUAACUCUGUUUGCCUUUCUCUAUACCACGGGACAAUGAGAGUAUCCAUUCAAUUCAAUUCAAAUACCUUUAAUGGCAUACAAAGAUCUAAGACAGCAAACAAGUCACUAUAAAAUUACAUAAAAUAUCAAAAGACAAUAUAUUUAUACAAAACUUGUAUGAAUCAUAAGCACACCCACUAAAACACAACCACUUUAGAAAUCACUGUAUCAAUAUCCUUUAACAGAAAACGACAAAAAGGAUAGAUUGUUCUGCUGUUCAAUAUGCAUUGGCAACCUCUCAGACAGCAUUCUUUGCAACUUAUCAUAUAAACGGCAUUCCAGAAUUAUAUGCGGGAUGGUAUCUGGGCAGUUGGCUCCACACAAACAAUGUCUUUCUGAAAAGGGGACUCGCUGGUAUCUCCCCUGAAGGACAUUGGAGGGAAAGGCAUCUAGUCUGGCCAACAUAAAGGCCCUACGACAGCCCGGGGUCUCGAGAUCAUAAAAGUACUGCAGAAUUCUGCCAACGUACGUAGUCAAUCCUAAUGCAGCUGAGGAGCAAACAAAAGGUUGGGCUGGAAAUAACUUCUGUUGCUCCCAAUCUAGUAGACGCUGCUUAACACAAUUAAGGAUAUAGGCCUCAUCAGACAUAAAUAAGUCCUCCACUGUUAGUCCCAUAUACUUAAAUUGACUCAGUAUUCCCGCUGACCACGCCCAGGAGUACUGAUCCCUUUUCAAAUAGGUUAAUAGACUACAAGGCUCGGCUCUAAAAUAAAUUUUGAACAACAGUGAGAGUAUUGAAGCAUGGGGGAAGGGGGAGAUUCAGUUUUCUGCAGCAUCUUUUAGCUUUAGAAUGCUUAUUUCAUAGAAUCAUAGAGUUGGAAGGGGCCAUACAGACCAUCUAGUCCAACCCAACCCCCUGCCCAGUGCAGGAUCAGCCUAAAGCAUCUCUGACAAGUAUUCAUCCAGCCUGUUCUUGAAAACUGUCAGUGAAGGGGAGCUCACCACCUCCCUAGGCAGCUGAUUCCACUUUUGAACUACUCUGACCGUGAAAAAGUUUUUCCUAAUAUCCAGCCGGUACCUUUGUGCAUAUAAUUUAAGCCCAUUGCUUCGGGUCCUACCCUCUGCUGCCAACUGGAACAGCUCCCUGCCCUCCUCCAAAUAACAGCCUUUCAAAUACUUAAAGAGAGCAAUCAUGUCCCCCCUCAACCUCCUCUUCUCCUAACUAAACAUUCCCAAGGCCCUCAGCCUUUCCUCGUAGGGCUCAGUCUCCAGACCCCUGAUCAUCCUCAUCGCUCUCCUCUGCACCCUCUCGAUUUUGUCCACAUCCUUUUUGAAGUGAGGCCUCCAGAACUGCACACAAUACUCCAGGUGCGGCCUGACCAAGGCAGUAUAGAGACGAGCUAUGACCUGCGAUUUCAACACUAUGGCCCCUUUGAUACAACCCAAGACUGAAUUGGCCUUUUUUGCCACCGCAUCACACUGACUGCUUAUAUUCAGUUUACAGUCCACUCUUACCCCAAGAUCCCUUUCACAUAUACUACUGCCCAGAAGUGUAUCCCCCAUCCAGUAUUUGUGCUUCUCAUUUUUGUGGCCCAGAUAUAAUACUGUGCACUUGUCUUUGUCGAAUUGCAUCCUAUUCACAGCUGCCCACUUCUCCAGAGUAUUCAGGUCUUGUUGAAUUUUAAUUCUAUCUUCUUGGGUGUUUGCUACCCCUCCCAAUUUGGUAUCAUCAGCAAAUUUAAUGAGCAGCCCUUCCACUCCUUCCUCCAGAUCAUUGAUAAAGAUAUUGAAGUUGUCGUCGUAUAGGUGGUUCCAUCAACAUCACAUGGGCAAUGACUAAAUUAGAAACAGUCUUCUAGAGGCUCAUCACUAUUGAGUGGUGGUCAGCUUGCUUUUUGAAUCUUCUGCCUCUCUUUUGUGUUGCUAUUUUAUUAAUAGAGGGAAAUGGGCAUUCAUCUCUUAGAACAGAAGCCCAAGUAAGCAAAAUCUCUGCCUGUUAAGGCUGCAGUCCUUCACAGAAUUAUUUGCACUGCACACCUGGAUAAAAUUUAAGUGGCAGUCCUCCAACUGUGGGCUUCUGUAAUAAGCCAGCAGCCCUAAAUGGGGCUGCUUCAGAACAACUAGUCUGGCUUCCAUUGCACUUCGUUUAUGAUCUUAGCCGGCAUCAUGUUGUGUUCUGUGGUAGCCCUUGAGUCUUGUUCAAGGCUAGGUUGUACAAUCAGCAGAAUUUGAUGGCAAAGCUUUUUCUGGAGUGUACCAGUUCAGGUUUUGUAUGUUUAAAACCAACAGGCAUAUAGACAGAUAGCAUGUCUGGCACAUGGUUACAGUCUGGCGAACAUCUGGCCAUGCUAGUUUUCUGUAAGCAAGCAUGUUUCCCAACAUACAAAUCCUUCUACCUCCAGUAUCACAACCCAUGGAAGACCCUUACUACUUGAUUCUAUUGGUUGUAUAACUUGGCCCUUUCUCCUGGGGUGAAUAUUUAAUUUCUCUGUACAUAGAGUGUUCUUAAUCCACCCAUGCAAUCCCAUUUCAAAGAGUUCUGUGGUAGUUUUGUUAUGAAACCAAACCAUUCCAUUUGCAGUUUCUUUUUUCUUUCAAAAGCAGCUGUGUACAUGAUGAGUGCAGAAUUGGCUGUGCCAGAUGUUUAACUUAGUUUUUCAAAUACUGUCAAUGUGAGGCUGAGUGGCAGCUUUGUUUUAGAAACAUUAAUGUGUUGGUUUCUCUCUCUAAAUAGUUCAGGAGGACUGAAGCAUUUCUCCCUUGAAAUCAGCAAUAUUUGGCGGGCUGCUCCAAAGUGGUGUGUGUCUUUCUAUGCUCACAGUUCUUUCUUGCUUAGAGAGACAAAGUUCAUCUCACAUUGCUCUGAUGGCAGAAAGUUUCACCAUGCAAGCCACAGCUUGGAAGAAGAGCUGAGAGACGACUUCGCCACAGCAUGGUCCUAUGUAGCUUCAGUCAGAAAUCCCAGUAAGUUCAAUGGUGUUUGCUUCUCCUGUGUAUAGGAGUGAGCACCAUUAAAUUUACUGGGACUUACUCCUGAUGACUUUUGGUUGCUUACUGGGGGAGAGGGGGGCUGCCUCCUGCUUUCUCCCCGAGGAGGAAAAAGAACAGAAGCCGCCACAGUACUCUUCUCCCCUCCCCUGCCAAUCAGUGUCUCGUAUUCUUGGCAUUUGUGGCUAUCUUGGCCAAAUACAUUGUUGGUUUGCUCUGACGGAAACUGCUGGUUUCCAGAGCAAAUGAUCAGCAGUUCCUUUGCAAAGACAGCUGUAAUUCCAGAGAAGGAGGCAGGGAGGCACAGCAGUCGCUCCUCCUUUUCCUUUGCAGAGAAGGUAGGGACAGGCGGCAGCAGCUUCUUGGAGGGCAAGAUAAACAACUUGGGCUGUGAUCUGACAUGCAGUUGCAGAGGAGUAAGCUCCACUGAACUCAGUAAGGCUUACUUCUGGGUAAACAGAGUCAUACUGGUUAAGUGGUGAUGAGGAAAUUUACCAGACAGAGGGUUGGCUGCAGGUGUCUAUUUAUAGUGCAUCUCUUUGUGUGUGUGUGUGUGUGUGUGUGUGUGUGUGUGUGUGUGUGUGCACGCAUGUGCACGCAUGCUUUCAGUCCUUAAAGGGUUAUAUUUUACAAACCAUGCACCUGUAAAGUUUUGUAGCAAUAAGAUGGAAGACUGAGCAAGUCUUUACCAUAAUUUUGUUGGGAAAAUGAAUCUGCUCAGUUCCAUAUUUCAUUAAAAAAACUUAAAGCCUGCAAUAUGAGCAGUUUCAAGGAAUAAAUAAAAAUGAAAUGUAAACCACAUUAAGUGCGUUGUCACGUGUACUGUGUGUGUAACUAGUGUGUUCAAUAUUCGAUUUGAAUUUUUCUACUGAAGUUUUAAGUCAAGAUUACCUGUCCUGUUUUCCUUCCUCUUAUUGCAUUCAAAAAUGUGUGUGAUGCUGAGAUAUUAUCGCAAGUCUGUUGAAAUUUUGAUGCACUUCUGCUUGUAAAGAGUCGGUUAAACACUGACAGCGGGGAGCGGGGAGGGCAAUCUGCGUGAUGAGAAGAGCAGAGCGGAGCAGGGCCACGCGAGAAGCCUGCCACACCUGCCGGACUCCACCCAAGCUGGAUAUGGAAUCUCUUGUAACACAACAUGUGAAAAAACGCAGAAGUUAGAAAAGGCUGUUUUUAAUUUCAAUAUUGUAAAUAUGAACUAGUUCACUUUGUGAUAUUAUUUAUUAAAU